AACUUCCUGUUGUUUAUGGCAUUCAGUUCACUGGGUUUUCUUUCGGUAAACUUAGGCCGUCUUCGGCCAAGGCAUACUCGCCGAAUCCCCCAUCCUCCGAAUGGUUUGCGCUUGAAACUCCCACACUCCGCCCGGAAUCUGUCCCGCAGAAAGAUGUCGUCUCCUAAACUAAUCGGGCCUGUUUUGCCCUCUGUGUUCAGUAAGAGGAGUGACGAAGAUACCGAUGAUGAAAAAGAAUUUGCUGGACCUGCUUUGCCUCCUGGUUACAAAAGAAAAAAACAGUCAAGCUCGUCAGAUGAGAGCGAGCAGGAGUUAGCGGUCAAAAAAACCAAGAGUCACGUGGGUGGAGAUGGACCUGCACAGCACAGGGUGAAGAAGACAAACUUCAAGGAAGAUGAUGAUGAUGAUGGCUUCUUUGGUCCAGCUCUCCCACCAGGAUUUAAGAAAAAGAGUUCUCCGGAGAGGCCGCCCAUGCUGGGGCCAGCUUUGCCUCCUGGGUUUUGCCGAAUAGUAGACCGUACCGACGAUGAUGGUGAAGAUCGUGAGAGUUUCCCAGGGCCUGCCUUACCACCAGGAUAUCAGGUAGAUCUGUCCAGCAGUGAUGGAGAGGAUGAGGAUGUGGUUGGACCAAUGCCUGCCAAGGAGCCUGUUCAGCAUUCUGUUGCUCUGGACUUUGAGCGCAGGGCACAAAAGAUGAAAGAGAGACUGACACAACAACCAGCUCCUGAGGUUUUGACCAGAGAAACCUGGAUGACUGAGCUCCCACCCGAGCUGCAGCAUGUUGGUUUAGAGGCUCGAACCUUCAAGAAGAAGUCGGGUCCAGAGAACAAAGACCGCUCUAUUUGGACAGAUACACCUGCAGACAGGGAGCGCAAAGCCAGGGAGCGCCACGAGGGAAAGAAAAAAAAUGAAACACAAAGUGACAGCAUCCCACAAAUUUCUCACAAGGACUUGGAAAUGGCGGAUAAAGUGUCAAAGUAUAAUGAGUCUCAGCGUGGUGAGUCCCUGAUUAGUUUGCACAAAAAGAAGAUGAAGGAAAAAGCAAAGGAGAAGGCUGAUAAACCAGUGGAGAGGAGAGCGUUCGAUCGGGAGACGGACCUUCAGGUCAACAGCUUUGACAUCGCGCAGAAGAAACAGCUGCUGAAGAAAUGUCAAGAACUGAACACACGGUUCUCCCACAGCAAGGACCGAAUGUUCCUCUGAAAAACUUUCCACAUCUUUAGUUAGUGGAAGCUUGUAUAAUAUGGACUAUUUUUCUGUGAUUGCUGUUGUGUACCACAAAAAAAGACUGGAAUUUAAUUGUGUGUUAUGGCAUUAAAAUCUCUCUUUGA